AUGUCUGAUGAUUCUCAGUCAAUUGUAAGUAGAUUAUACGUCUAAACUGUGUUUAUUGUAUUGUUUUAAUUGUUAUUCAAGCAAUAUAUUUCGAGAUAGGAUAUGCCACAUGUUUGCCUACUUGAAGGUACGAGUCAAUGACCGCCUUCUAUUUCUUCUGCCUUAUAGAGCAACGUUACUCCAGAUGUCCGAUCCACCAGGCGGGCAUUGGAGAUCAGGGGGAAACUAUAAAUUAAGUGCAAAUCGAGAAAAUUGUGGCUGAAAAAACUGUGGCAAAGACUAUGCCAAUUAUGCUCACCUUCAUCUACAGGUUUUCAACCCCAGUGAAUUGUCAACCAGGCUCCCCAACCAGAACGUGAGGGCACACCUGACUCAUCUCCACCUCCUUUGAGAAGUGAGAGAUUUUAUAGUAAAGAGUCAUCAACUACCAUUACUGAUGAUCUCAUUGAGCUUUCCAGGAAAGCAUUUUCGACUGCCCUUUCAAGAGAAAAGUGGCUUGAACUAGUCCAGUCAUAUUCCACCAUAAAUGAUACUGACUCCUUUUUGAUAGCCCCUAAAGUAGAGGCUGGUAUGAAGGAGCUUUGCAUAAGCAUCAUGGCCAUUUAAAAACCAAAGAUGUUUUGGCCUUCGACGAGGGUUUGGCUGAACAACAAGCCCCCUCUGUUAUAGUGGCCCGCCCUUUGUUAGUGACCUUAAUGGCCUUGGAUGGUCCUGGCGAUGAGGGAGAUGGCCCUGGACCCUGACUCACCUUGAGGAUGCACUGGUUAUGCUGGGGAAUGCACAUGUUAGGCUAAACAAUUGGCAUCAAAGACGCUUUAGUGAAUUUCUCUGACAUUUGAAAGCAUACUCUAAAGGAAGGCAUUCCAACUGACAAGCAUCUGUUCCCAGAUAAAUUCCAUGAGAAGAUCAAGGAUGAGCAUGACCACUCCACCACUACCAAUAAGGUGAUUAGUUCCCCUACUUCUAAACCUGUUAUGUUUAGUCGUCCUGCCCACCAACUUAGGUAUCAGCCCUUUCGUGGCAGCAACACCAGUAGAGGUUUCCAUAUCGACUCACGACAACCAGCCAAACGAGGAUGGCCAUCUUCUAACCGGUCAGUUAUGACUAUCCGUUUCCAGUCCUAAGACAUAUCCAUUGUGUAAAUACUCCUUCCGGCCGUUUAGUUCAUUUUUUAGACAAUUGGAAAACUAUUACCCAGGACAAUUUGGUUCUUCAGACAGUUGUAGGUUACAAAAUUCCUUUUACGUCCGCACCUCGCAAGUGGCGACCAAGAAUCACAACAACCAGGUCCAGCAUUCAACAGAAGCGCAUGGAAACUGCUAUUCAGACACUUCUCAAGAAGGCAGCAAUCAAGGCGGUUCAACCAGCUGAGAGUCAAUUCAUUUCCUCCCUAUUUCUAGUGGAGAAAGUCCAGUGGAAGGGAGAAAUUCGACCAAUUAUCAACCUGAAACCCUUGAACAGAUUUGUUGAAGAAUGGUCCUUCAAAAUGGAGGUCUUCCAGUAGUUUGUUCUUUCAUACAACCAAACGAUUUCAUGAUGAAACUGGAUCUCAAGGACACGUAUUAUUCACUCCCAGUUCACCCAGAGUUCUGCAGAUUCCUACGCUUUGUGUUCAACAGGAAGGCUUUCGAGUUCCAAUGCCUCCCAUUCGGGUUGAAAUCAGCCCCUCGACCCUACACCAGGCUAAUGACUCCAGUCAUAGCCCAUAUCCGGAGUUUGGGAAUACGAAUUGUCAUUUACCUGGACGACAUUCUCAUCUUACAUCAGGAUCCCAGUGUUCUGUAAUCUAUCUUCAAGAAGGUUGUGAGCCUUCUCGAGGGAGUGGGAUUCCUCAUCAACCUGAACAAAUGUUCUCAGUUCCCAUCUCAGCAGCUUAUCUUCUUGGGAACAAUACUCAACACUGUCACAAUGUCCCUGUCUUUGCCGACAGAGAAGCUGGAUCUCAUCCAACAGGGAGCACUCCAGCUACGUACCAAAGGCAAGAGUACACUACAGGAGUUAGCAGCACUCCUGGGACGCAUGAGCCAUGCAGCUCUGAAUGGCAUCUGGUUGGCUUCUCUGCAUUACAGAGCACUUCAGAGGGUUCACUCAGCUGGGACCCUAAGAGUUCACAAGAUGUCAAUGACAUAUCCAUGCAGCAUCAUUAUUCCCGACAUUCAACAAAAGUACACUCUGGGAGGGGGCUCUUACCUUUCAAACUGAAAGCACAGUGA